AGUAAGGUCUCAUAUCAUGAUUGAGACCUAAUUUUUAAUGCAAUUUACCUGACAUUUUCUUUAACUUGCAGUACUUGCAGUACACACACACACACACACACAGUUCAGCAACAUUUACAUUUUCAGUCAUGUUGUAAACAGACCCUUUCUGCCAAAGUGACUUACAAGACAGUGCAUAUGUUGUGUUGUGUUGUGAUGAUUACUUCAGCAGGUAGCUAUGGAUGCUAAGAUGAAACCACGAAAGUGCCAUUAUGAACGUAACUUGGAGACUCCAAGUUUCUUUGGGGAGAGCGACACUAUGUGCCAGUGGUAUGUCUGUGCUGUUGGGUUGUGUGACUGUUAGUCAUGUGCUGUGAUGCAAGAGGAGAGAUUGGCUCUAGUUCUCAAUGUGUUUGCGACUGGAUUUGCCAGACUGCUGGCAGGGCUUUGCACACAAACAGAAACCAUGCAUCUAUAAGCUUAGAGCAAUGCCUCCUCUAUCUCCUUUUUGUUUUCUGUUAGUUUCUCUUUGUUCUUCACUCUACAUAGGCAUGGGUACAGUUAAAUAAAGUUCACAUAUAACUCCUCCAACCCUCACAUUCCUGCCCUUAAACUUGUACUUUUCACUUCCUCCACCCCUUAGAUUGUACGUGUGAGUGACACCAAUCAUGAUGGCCAGCUGGACUUCAAGGAGUUCACACAGUAUCUGCGCACACACGAGAAAGAGCUCAGACUCAUGUUCCACAGCCUGGACCGCAACAAUGAUGGUCACAUAGAUGUUGCAGAAAUUCAGCUCUCCUUGCACAGCCUUGGAGUGAAUGUAUCUACAGAGCAGGCCUCCAGAAUCCUGCAGAGCAUAGACAGAGAUGGUACUAUGACCAUUGACUGGAGCGAGUGGAGGGACCACUUCCUGUUUAACCCGUUGCACAAUAUGGAGGACAUUGCCCACUACUGGAAACAUUCUCUGAUGUUGGACAUUGGAGAGCAGCUGACUGUGCCGGAUGAGUUCUCAGAGAAAGAGCGGCGUUCAGGUGUGGUGUGGAGACAGCUAGUGGCUGGGGCAAUGGCAGGAGCUGUAUCGCGAACGGGAACUGCUCCUCUCGACCGUCUUAAAGUUUUCCUCCAGGUCCACGGCUCCAAUGGUGUGAGUUUGUUAGGUGGUUUGCGGGGAAUGGUGCAGGAAGGAGGAUUGAGGUCCCUUUGGAGAGGCAAUGGCAUCAAUGUCCUCAAAAUUGCCCCAGAAUCAGCUAUCAAAUUCAUGGCUUAUGAGCAGAUCAAAUGGCUGAUCAGAGGCAGUAAGGAGGGUGCCUCUCUAAGAGUUCAGGAACGUUUCAUUGCUGGUUCCCUGGCAGGAGCUACAGCUCAGACCAUCAUCUACCCCAUGGAGGUGUUGAAGACACGUCUGACCCUCCGGAAGACAGGACAAUAUUCUGGCAUGGCAGACUGUGCCAAACAGAUACUGCGUAAAGAAGGAUUGCGCGCGUUCUACAAAGGCUAUGUGCCCAACACACUUGGAAUCAUCCCGUAUGCUGGCAUUGAUCUGGCUGUCUAUGAGACUCUAAAGAAUGCUUGGCUACAGCGCUACUGCAUGGGCUCGGCUGAUCCUGGCGUUCUGGUGCUUCUUGGAUGUGGCACUGUGUCCAGCACAUGUGGGCAGCUGGCUAGUUACCCGCUGGCGUUAAUCCGCACACGCAUGCAGGCUCAGGCCUCAGCUUUAGAUGGUGCUCCUCAGCUGUCAAUGGUUGGCCAGUUCAAGCACAUUGUGUCCCAUGAAGGCGUUCCUGGACUUUACCGUGGCAUUGCCCCCAACUUCCUCAAAGUCAUUCCUGCUGUUAGCAUCUCUUAUGUGGUUUAUGAGCAUAUGAAGAAAGCACUGGGAGUGGGAUCUUAAACUAAGACAGAAUCAGAGUGCAAAAAGAAAGACAGAACCUGCAUUAAAAAGAGGACGAUGAAACUUCUGAACCUCAUAAAAAGAGCCUUAGGGAGGCACAGAGGACCCCUAGAGAACAGAAUAAAGAAGACAUAGUCAAUGAAUGACCUAAAAACCUCUACAUUGUACGCAAUCACAUUCCCAUGGCAAUUUAUACUUUAAUAGGAUGGAAAGAUAGUUUUGGACUGAGGCAACCAUUAUGAAAAAUGGUUGUGUUCAGAAUAUGUUUCUCUGUGACUGGCGGCUUUGAGAUCUCAGGUUUAUUGUACACUAUUUACCUGCUGUUUCACAUAAACAACUUCUUAUCUGGAUAGGGGAACACCACUGAAUAGUACUGAAUUUUACAAGGAAUGUGAUGUUAUUGCCGUGGUGAUAAAUGUGGGGUAAUUGUGUAAUGAAAGAUACCUAAAGACAGGGAGUGAUGGUGACAUUGGGCCUAUUUCAGAAUUUGCAGGAGGAUUAAGAAAGUUAUUUUUUUUAAAUGACAACCAAAGUUCCCCUCUUAAAAUUGACCAAAAUGUUGAAGAAGGUGUUUUAAUGUACACACGGGUAUGGGAUAUUUUAAAUAGCCUCUUCUGACUGAUGUUUCAUAACAUUUACGAAUGAUUUAUUAAAUUAAAAACAUGUUUCAGCAGGGAUUUACACUGUUGUAAAACUCAUAUAUUUUUGUAAUGGUCAGUGAGAGGUAAGCAUGUUAUUAGCAACACUUUAAUGAUCAAAGGAUUUGCACUCUUAAAAUGAUUGUAGAAUUGAUAUCUUAAACUGACUUGUGAUGUUCUUUUAUGACAUCUCUGCUGCUUUGCUACCUUUUUACAAUUUUAGCCUUUUCUGAUAUUUCAGUCUUCAUUGUUAAAGUGUAGAGUGAAAUACAGGAUUUUAGUGUUAAAAUUACGUAAAUGGUAUAAAUAACUGCCUUGAACAACUUAGAAAUGGGGCAACAACAAGGGUAUUAGAUGAAAAUAGGUGUUUAUUAUAUUAAAUUGGCAUACUUUGUGUUUAUUAAAGGGAUAGUU